CAAGUCUACACUACCAAUAUCCGAGGACAAGUCCCUCCACUCAUCACCACAGACUGCACAAUACAAGAUCAAGGGAAUGCCAGCCCACGGUACAUUAGGUGCACAACAUACUGCUUUCCUGCUUCCUCCGAUAUGGCUAAACAAGCUCAGGUUCCUCUUGCUGCUGUCAUUAAGCCUCUAGCUGUGGUUCCCCCAAAUGAGACUCCUCUUUAUCUUGUAAACCAUGGAGAAAAUGGACCAAUCCGCUGUAACCGAUGUAAAGCUUAUAUGUGCCCAUUCAUGCUUUUCAUUGAAGGAGGAAGGCGAUACCAGUGUGGAUUCUGCAACUGUGUUAAUGAUGUCCCUCCAUUCUACUUUCAACAUCUGGACCAUAUUGGCAGAAGAGUGGACUACUAUGAAAGGCCAGAGCUAUCUCUGGGAUCUUAUGAAUAUGUUGCUACACUGGAUUACUGCAGACAAAACAAACCUCCCAAUAGGCCUGCUUUCAUUUUCAUGAUAGACGUAUCAUACAGCAACAUUAAAAGCGGUGUUGUUAGACUGAUAUGUGAGGAGCUGAAGACUCUACUGGAUCAUCUUCCAAGAGAGGAAAAUGCAGAUUCGUCAGCUGUUCGUGUGGGAUUUGUCACUUAUGAUAAGGUUCUGCAUUUCUAC